AUGAACUCCUCGAGAGUUUCAGGAACAAUAAAAACACAUGUUACGCGGACGAGAUUAAAACCGAAUCUUAGAUGGAGACGACCGAACAAUCGCUAUGGGUAUUGCUCUGCUUGCGACGCUGCUGGCUUACCAGAUUCGCCAAAAGCCAAAAAAAGUACUCCGACAUUAAAACCCCUCGAACCCCCCCCAGCAGACCACAGGAUUAUAGGUGUUCAACGGGAAUUGUUCACAACAUCCAAAUACAGCCCUGGAUCCGCGAUUUUCCUUCCGAAUGGUACAAAGAUAUUCAAUAGGCUCACAAACUUUCUGCGCUCGCAAUAUGAGCAUUACGGGUUCCAGGAGGUUAUCAGUCCAACCAUCUACAAGAAAUCGUUGUGGGAAAAGUCGGGUCAUUGGGAGAAUUAUGCAGAGGAUAUGUACUCAGUGAGCGGCCAUGGAGCUGAGGGGAAAAAAGAAGAUCGCCAGGUUGGGGAGGAUGAAGAGUAUGGUUUAAAGCCUAUGAAUUGUCCUGGACAUUGUCUGAUAUUUGCUUCUAAGAAACGAAGCUAUCGAGACUUGCCCAUCCGUUAUGCAGACUUCAGCCCGCUGCACCGUAACGAAUUGACUGGCGCCCUGAGUGGGCUAACUCGCGGUAGAAGGUUUCAUCAGGAUGAUGGACACAUCUUCUGUCGACCUUCGCAAAUCCGAGACGAGAUAUCAAAAUCUUUAGACUUCGUGCGACAAGCUUACGGCGUUUUAGGCCUGGGCUCGUACAGGCUCGCUUUGUCAACAAGACCGGCUGAUCAUUUCAUUGGAACAAUUGCAGAGUGGGACAACGCCGAGGCUGCUCUGCGAGAGUCCCUCAAUUCAACACAGCUUCCUUGGACACUCAAUGAAGGGGAUGGUGCCUUUUACGGGCCAAAAAUUGACAUCAUUUUAAAAGACUCAGAUGGAAAAGAGCACCAAACUGCCACAAUCCAACUUGAUUUUCAACUUCCUAAGCGAUUCGAACUCGAAUAUCAAGCUCCAGCGCCGGAACUCGAACAGAGGGGUAUGACAACCAAUGAUUCGGAACUGCUGGCAGUUGAGGGAUCGGUGACUCCAGUCAUGAUACACCGAGCUGUAUUGGGGUCUGUUGAAAGAAUGAUGGCGUUGAUGAUAGAGCGAUAUGACACUUCCUGGCCGUUCUGGCUAAACCCUAAUCAGGUUGUCAUUGUAACGUUGAACGAUACCCCUGAAUUGGUCGAAUAUGCGCUAAAAGUCAAGAAAACGAUACAAAGUGCUGACAACCGAACAACCGCUGGAUUUCCAUAUAGCAACCUUCCUCAAGUGAACGGGCUUUCUGUGGCGAUAGACAAUAAUCCUGAGCCAUUGAAAAAGAAGAUAGCUGAUGCAAAGUCUAAGAAAUUUGGGAUCAUAGUUGUUGUUGGUAAUAAGAAUAUCGAUCAGCAAAACAUCAACGUCGAUUUCGCAGGUUUGAGCAAGAGCCAAUAUGAUGUUGCAAACCACCCCAUAUUGCAAACUUGGCUCGAGGGACAGUCGAAACCCAAAUCAUCAGGCACGGCUAUCAAGUCCGCCCAAGUCACACAUGAACCUUCAACCACAGAACAAAUCCUUGAGGUCACAAAGGCCAAGCCUGAAUCCGAAAUUCUUGAGAGAACAUUAGAAUCAGACGGCGGCAAGAGUGUCGCGGAAAAUAGUAAGCCACCAAAUCCUCUCACCACAAAGCAGUUGAGAAAUGUCGACUUAAGCCCGGCAAAUUUAAGGGUGAUACUUGAAGACUUGCGAGCCGCUUACGUAUAG